GAAGGAGCGCGAGAGUAAAAGAUACUCGGCAAUCUCUUCUACUGCAUUUACGUGCGUGCGCAUGUGAAUGUGUCCGCGCUACGAAGUGUGGGUGAUUUGCACACUCAUAUAACGAAGCGAGUCGCGAAUUGUGGUCGGCCAAGGCAUCGAGGUUCCCCAGUAGUUGGUUCGGUCGCGUCGUCGCGUUCUUAAUAGAUAUUAUCCGUCAUCUUUGGGAUUCUCGCGCGAGCUGCGAGACAAAGUGAGAGUGGGGGAGAGCGGAGUCGUGGAGACGCGCGUCGAAGACGAGCCGCUACUCAAGGCUCGAUCCUCUGGCGUUGCUUGCCAAGUUACUGCUGCCCCUGAAGGAAGCGAACGGUGCUGUUAAGUCACGACGAAGACAUGAGCUAUCAAUCCAGGCCAAUGUCGCACGGCAACUACCAACAAGGUCCACCGGAUCUGCCCAUGUGCUCGACCAAGGAGCAGACGCUCAUGUGGCAGCAAAAUUCCUACAUGGGUGAUUCAGGAAUCCACUCUGGAGCAGCUACUCAAGCUCCCUCGCUCUCUGGCAAAGAGGAUGAGGAGAUCGAAAGCGACCAUCAGCUCAUGUUCGAUCUUGAUCAAGGCUUCGCACAAGGGUUCACGCAGGAUCAGGUUGAUGAGAUGAAUCAGCAGCUGAGCCAUACGCGCUCGCAGCGUGUGCGCGCUGCUAUGUUUCCGGAAACCCUGGAGGAGGGUAUCGAGAUCCCAUCGACUCAAUUUGAUCCAGCACAGCCAACGGCGGUGCAGCGUCUCUCCGAGCCUAGCCAAAUGCUCAAACAUGCCGUGGUUAACCUGAUUAAUUAUCAGGAUGACGCUGACCUGGCCACAAGAGCCAUACCUGAGUUAAUUAAGUUGUUGAACGACGAGGACCAGGUGGUCGUGUCCCAGGCAGCGAUGAUGGUACAUCAGCUCUCGAAGAAGGAGGCUUCCCGGCACGCAAUCAUGAACAGUGCCCAGAUGGUAUUGGCAUUGGUCAGGGCAAUUUCCAACAGUGAAGAUCUCGAAUCGACCAAAGCUGCCGUUGGCACCUUGCACAAUUUGUCGCACCAUCGACAAGGUCUCUUGGCAAUAUUCAAGAGCGGUGGAAUCCCCGCUCUUGUAAAACUUCUGAGCUCCAACAUCGAAUCAGUGCUCUUCUAUGCGAUUACAACACUGCAUAAUUUGCUGCUGCACCAGGACGGCUCUAAGACAGCGGUGCGCUUAGCUGGGGGUUUGCAGCGCAUGGUGAUAUUGUUGCAGCGAAACAAUGUAAAGUUUUUGGCCAUAGUAACUGAUUGCCUACAGAUUCUCGCAUACGGGAAUCAGGAGAGCAAAUUGAUCAUUUUGGCCUCGCAAGGACCGGCAGAGCUCGUGCGCAUCAUGAGAUCUUAUGACUAUGAGAAGCUGCUGUGGACUACAUCUAGAGUACUCAAAGUACUGUCAGUAUGCGUGAGUAACAAACCUUCGAUCGUUGACGCCGGUGGUAUGCAGGCAUUGGCGAUGCAUCUCGGUAAUGCAAGUCAGAGACUCGUACAAAAUUGUCUCUGGACACUCAGAAAUCUAUCUGACGCUGGUACAAAGGUUGAUGGACUCGAAGGUUUACUUCAAAGCCUUGUGCAAGUACUUGCCUCGACCGACGUUAAUGUUGUUACGUGCGCUGCUGGAAUCCUCUCAAAUUUGACCUGCAAUAAUCAGCGUAACAAGGUGACUGUUUGCCAAGUUGGAGGUGUUGACGCGCUGGUGCGCACAAUUGUAAAUGCUGGUGAUCGCGAAGAGAUAACAGAGCCGGCAGUUUGUGCUUUACGUCACCUGACGUCGCGGCACGUCGAAGCGGAAAUGGCACAAAAUUCAGUGCGUAUAAAUUACGGAAUCCAAGUGAUUGUGAAGCUGCUCCAGCCACCUUCCCGUUGGCCCCUUGUUAAAGCUGUCAUAGGCCUCAUUAGGAACCUUGCCUUGUGCCCAGCAAACUACGCUCCGUUACGGGAACAUGGUGCUAUUCAUCAUUUAGUGCGACUUUUAACACGAGCUUAUCUUGACACAGAAAGGCAACGUUCUUCAGUGGCUAACGCUGGAAGUCAAGCGGCUCCAGGAGCAUACGCAGAUGGUGUACGUAUGGAAGAAAUUGUUGAAGGCACUGUUGGUGCACUUCAUAUUCUUGCUAGAGAAUCUCAUAAUAGAACUAUCAUUCGAUCACAAAAUGUUAUUACAACUUUCGUUCAGCUAUUGUACAAUGAGAUCGAGAACAUUCAGCGCGUGGCUGCUGGUGUGCUCUGUGAGCUUGCUGCAGACAAGGAAGGCGCGGAGAUGAUCGAACAAGACGGGGCGACGGCUCCGCUCACUGAUCUGUUGCAUUCGCGUAACGAAGGUGUGGCCACUUAUGCCGCAGCGGUCCUCUUCCGCAUGAGCGAGGAUAAGCCCCAGGACUACAAGAAGCGGCUCUCUGUCGAGCUGACGAAUUCACUGUUGCGUGAAGAUACCAACCUUUGGAAUAACACCGAUUUCGGCAUGGGUCCGGAUCUACAGGACAUGCUCGGUGCUGAUCAGACUUAUGACGGUAUGUAUGGACAAGGACCUCCUAGUAUACAUAGCAGCCACGGAGGCCGUAUAUACCAGCCCCAAGGUUAUGACCAGAUACCAGUAGAUUCCAUGCAGGGACUAGAAAUAGGUGGUGGUUCGACGUAUGGAGCGAUGGACACCAUGGACGUGGCACACGAAGGUGAUCUAAGUUUCGACCAUUUGGAAGAGCUCCCUGCGCCACCUCAGGAUAGUUCGGUCGCGGCCGCUUGGUACGACACGGACCUUUAGAAAUUAUCCUUUCGUUCAAGUAAAGCAUCAAAACAGGAAAACAUUUAUAUUUUUUAACAUAUUUAUCAAAAAAAAAAAAAGUAAAAACAAAUAUUUUAGCAGUAUGCUGAAUUAGGAAUCUUACUGCUUUCUCAUCGCUAUAAUUUGCUGCUUCCUUCAAUGGAAUAUGUCAGGCGUGAAAAUUUAAGUACGAACAGUGUUCGCUAUGAUUAUUAUAACUAGGCUUAAUGAUAAAAGUUCGUAAUGGAGAUAAAUUGUCAAGUACUUUAAGGCUGACACUUUUUGUUAUUUUAUACUUUUACAGUGGUUGAGGCAUUUGCAGAAAUGAU